CCUUGGGCAGAGGAUAGAAAUUUCUUUAAGAGUGAAUGUGAUAGCAACCUUUUUAAUAAUUUUCUCUAAAAUUCGCAAUUCAAUGUGUUUGAAGAAGAUGACUUACUUCCGCCAGGCGAAUAAUUAUCAUAACAUAAAUGUGAGCAACUUUCCUUACCUAGAAGGUUCUGAAAAAGUUAAAUUGCAAAAAACAACAAAAGGUGUUUAAACGAAUAUAUAAUAUGGCAUUGCGCAAAACAAUAAAAAUAAGCUGUGUAAAACGUGGUUAUCAUGAAAAGCACAAGAAAAAAACGGUUGGUUCCGGCCCAAAAACGAUGAAGAAUAAAACGGUUAAUAUCAAUAUUUUUAAUAAAAAGAAUCAGCCCAAGUCAGGAAAAUGUUUGCAACAAAAAACUUGCAAAAACAACGGUAACUUGCUUGUUUUACCUGACGAUAAUCUUGACGUUGAAGAUAUGAUUAACAGUACUGAGGAUCUAGACGUAGAAUUGGAAAAUUUGAAGGCGUUAGAACGUGACAUGAAUUAUUCUACCGAACAGAUAGAAAACGCAUAUCACCGUGAAUUACAAAAUAAGCACAAUUCAUCCAAAGAAACUAAACUUCUGCUACCUAUUAAAACACAAGGAGGUAUAAUUACUCGAAGUGAAAACAUAUGUGGAUCGAAUCAGGAGUUGGAAACCACCGAAAUACAACAUGUGUCAGACCCAGAGCUUCAACAGGAGAUAAAAGUUCCAAUCGGUAUCAGUGAUUUGUUGAUUCAGCGAAAUGACGAAAUAGAAAAACAAAAAUACAUAAUUGGAACAACUUGCGCAUCAAUUGUUGAAAACCCUGAAUUGAAAAUCAAGAGUCUUGCUUCGGUGUUGGAUUUAAUAUGUGAGAAAACCCAAUCGGGUAGGAUAAACAUGUUCGUUACUCGGAAAUUGGCACUAAUAUCCCUGGUGGAAGUUUUCAAAGAUAUUGUACCUGACUAUCGAUUAGGAAUAGUUGACACAAAUUCACAAAAAUUGAAAAAAACAACAUUGGCACGCAUUAAUUAUGAAAAAGAGUUACUCCUGCACUAUAAAAACUUUCUUAUUUAUUGCGAAGAAUUAACACGCGUGCUGAACAGUAAUAAUGCAAGAAGGAGCAAACAAUCACCAGAGCAAGAGCAGAUUGCAGAAAUUGCGGUGCAGUGUGUGUGUGAUUUACUUAUUGCCCAUCCGUAUUUCAACUAUAGCUUGAACAAAGCGCAGGUGCUGGUAGCAUUACUUAACAAUGACCGAGAAGAUAUACGCAAAACUGUUCAUACCUGCUUCGUGGCUAUAUUUAAAACCGAUAACCGAUGGGAUAUGAGUAUUCAUAUUGUUCGGCAUAUAAAUCAAUUAGUGAAGAAAAAACAGCAAAAUGUGUAUCCGGAGAUGGUUUCAUGUUUAAAAUAUUUGCGGAUUAAGGAUUUUAAUGUGGAUGCUCAGAAGGAAAAAGAGCUAAAGCUUAAAAAACUUGAAGCUCAUAAGUCACGGGUGAUAAACAUGUCCAGACAAGAACGUAAACGUAAAAAAAAGUUACUGGAGUUGGAGAAAGAGUUGUUUGAAACCAAAGCGGAGGAAAGCAAACAUAACCAGCUAAAGAAGUUAACUGAUUUAACAAAGCUUGUAUUUAUCAUUUUUUUCCGUAUUCUAAAGACUGCUCCGAAAUCGAAACUUUUAAGCGCUACUCUGGAGGGACUUUCUAAGUUUGCGCAUACCAUAAACAUAGAUUUUUUUUCGGAUUUGAUCGAUGUACUAGAUAAUCUUCUAGUACAUGCUGGUCUUGGUAACCGGGAACAGCUGCACUGCAUUCAAACAGUUUUUACAAUACUCAAAGGACAAGGAGAGGUGCUAAAUAUUGAUCCUGCACGCUUCUACACGCAUUUAUACAAAAACUUAUUGUACAUAAAUGGAGCUAAAGUACGUGAUGAUAUAGAACCUGUAAUAUGUGUUUUGGACAGUGUACUGCUGAAACGUCACAACAAUAUAACGUAUCAUCGUUAUUUGGCGUUCAUUAAAAGAGUUACGAUGAUGACGUUGCAGCUGAUGCAUUCUGGAGCUUUGGGAUGUCUUGGAGUCAUUCGUACUGGAUUUGUUAUGAAUUCUGCACUAAGUGUUUUGCUCGAUACAGAUUCGGCCAUCGGAUCGGGAAAAUAUGAUCCGGAAAUAGAUGAACCAGAGUUUAGCAAUGCAACCUCAACAUGCCUGUACGAGUUGGGUAGUCUCAACCGACAUUAUCACCCUGUUGUAAGAAGAUUGACAAAUAAUAUUUCUAACAGUGCACCAUGCUCGGGACCUGGAAUGCUUCCUCCUACAUUAGGAAAACUAAAACCUAUUGAACUUUACGUUCGGCACGACACUACUCAAAUGGAGUUCUAUCCCGGAAUCCCUCCUCCAAAAGAAAAAUUGCAAUUACCUGAAACGGCUAUUCACAUUUUUGGCGAUCAACAUCUGAAAAGUUAUUGCACUAAACUAAGAUGUAAUUCACAAACAAAAACUGAAUUCAAUUUCAUGGAAUCUUUAAAUUGAUGCAUUAAACAAUUUCAGUCUUCUA